UGCACAUUUUAUUUAAUUUUACUUGCUUAGCUUUGCUUGCUAUCUAGUAAAUCUCCUUCUGCUGUUGACCUGCGCUUGCCAUCCACUAUAUUGCUAUACCGCCACCUUCUGGUCAGCGAUGCACAAGCUAAUCACAAAAGUGAGCGCGCCUCACAAAGCGGUGACGUCACAAUCCACGGGUAUAUGAUGGCACGUACAACGCAAAAGAUUUGCAUGGGUACAGAAUCAGAGAAAGGAAGCAUCAAAAUGACGUCGUCAAACAGCAACGCAUUCAGUAUGCCUGGGGACUUCUUACACUUCAGCUUCCAGGAAAAAGAAAAGAAGAGACAGGAUCUAGGGAGGCAGCUCAACCUGAAGGCAUACGAAAGGGGAGUAAAACCCAGAGAGAGCACCCGCGCGAUUGUCGCACGCUACCUCCAGGAGAUUGAGGAGGAGGAGGGCGAGAAAGAAGAAGAGGAGAGAGAACGUCGGGAUACCAAGAUCGCUCCUCUAGACGCAUGCAGUCUGCCCGAGUGGGAAUAUCACCACAUGGCGUCUGUCAGAGACUUUGUCGAUAAGGAGCGGGAGAUUUGUCAAUUGGAGUACUCUAUUUCAGUUAGCCAAAAGAGAGUUCAGGGUCUGAAAAACCAGAUGCCAAUGAAUGAAGCGGAGAUGGCAAAAGCAGAGGCAUCAUUUGGUGAAGAGGCCUUUGAAAAGUAUGUCAAGGAGAAGGAGGAGAACACGGUGCUGGCUCUGAAAACUGCUGAAGAAGGAACCAAAGCCUUACUGCUGAAAAGGGAAGAGAUCCAGAGGACCAGUAACGAAGUUGUGAAAAUAAAAAAGGAAAUCGCCAGAUAUGAGGAAAUGAUGAGACACUAUCAAAUGUGUCAGGAGUUCCUCUGGAACAUCUCGCCUCCUCAAUGGCAGAAGCAGCAGGAAACCAGGAAGCAGAUCGCUGAGAAAAUCAAGGCAGCUGCACAUGAGAGGGAACAGGAUGCACAAGCUGACCUGCCUGCAGAUCAAAUCAGUGGGCUUAGUACAGCGCUUCCCCCAACGGACCAGAACUCCAACUCCAAGGCCUCCCAGGAAAACUGCAAAAACAGUGACAAGAAGCCUGAAGAGGAUUUGGGGAUUGAGAACCUGGAGUUCUACGAGAAACCUCAGCUCUAUUUUACGGACCGUAAGCAGCUGCUGGCCAUCAUGCUAGAGAUGGAGGAACAGACCAAUCAUCUGUUUCAAGAAUUAGAUUACAUCGAGAGGUCUCUGGAGUCUGGCAGACAAAACGAGGUCAAGGAGCUCAAGCAAUUGGAGAUGGAGACGGCCCGGCUGAAUGAGCAGAUGGACUGCCUGACUAAGUCCAUCAAUGAAAACAAAGAGAAAGCAGCAGAAAUACAGGAGAAAAUCGAAAGUUUCCAAAUGAGCGAAGAUGCUCAGAAUGCAGUCCUGGAGCAAUUGUAUGAAAAGAUCAAAGAGGUGUACAGAGUCAGUAUGGGAUGCGCACCGGAGAAUCAGACGUCGUGUCAGCUGCUCGGAAGCGUCGAGAUGUGCUUGUACGACCUGCUGGAAAAGUUCGACAGGUUUCCGGAGGAUGAUUUGAAAACUAUAAAGAAAGAGUACCGCAGAGACUACAUAGCCAGGAUUAGGAAAAAAGAGAAACACCUUAAGCUGAUGGCCCAAGAGGAAAGGCGGCGUCAUCGCGCUGCAGUGAAGCUCCAGCAGGCUCAGGCAGAAUUUAAGAAACCUGUGGGAAAGAAAGAAAUGUGGCGGUCCUGGGUGGAGAAAAAAGUACCCAAGGUAGAAGAGGAGAAAGACGUGGUGGACAAGCAUAAACAAGAAGAUGACAACUACUUUUUUUCAUGAGUGACACCGUAAUCUUAGGUCCAGAAACUAGUUUCACGUUUUAUUGACGCCAUAAUCAUUGACUAAUCAGGAAAUAAUGAAGCGUCCCUAAUUCUAAGCUAAACAAAUCCCAGCACAGGAUACAUGAUUGGCGGCCCAUUAAAAAAACAAAAAACAAAAACGGAAGUCAGUAAGUCACUGUGGUUGUGGCUCUUGGUUUUGGUGGUGAAUAUUGUAAUUUCACAGUCAAAUCUUUCAGAGCUACAAUUUGUGAGGCUCUGAAGUCUGAGAUAUUUGUUGGUCGUUGGUGGACCUGGAGUUCACAGGUACCUCUGUGAUAUGGUCGUCAGGAUGGAAUAAUCUGAUGUAGUUGCUGCACAAUGGUUUCAUCCAUGAAGCAUCCCACUGGCAGCCACUGACCUGCAUUAGUAACCUGUAAGGGAUUCUUUCAUGGUGGGAGUGAGUUGGUACUGUAGAUGCUGAUCUGGGCCAUCUUCUUGAUGUUCUUGCCUUGAGCACCGUGAAUCAAAAUGUAGUGUUCCUGGGUUGAACCGUCUGGGAGAUUUAUAAGGCAUAAAUCUUUUGCCCUUUGGCAAGUAAAGAGACUAAGGAGUAAUGCUUGAAAGUUUGGUGGUCCUGGGUCAAAUCGGUUGGGAGUAAUAGUGAUGUUAAACUUUUGCCCCUUGGUGAUGCUACAGAGAUGCAAGGGCAGCGGUGUUCUCCUCAGGGCCCCUAAGAGCACUAAAAAGGCACGAAUGCAGUUUGGUGCUCCUGAACCAUAUGGGAUGUACUGUAUAGAGGUUUAAAGAUAGUAUGCUAUAUUUAAACUAUACCCUUAUGGAAGGCGACACGAAACAUUUAAAACAAUUUAAAGGCAAUGAUACCAAAUACUGACUAGUUGUUUGUAACUUCUGACCCACUGAAAAUGUGAUGAAAGAAAUAAAAGCUAAAAUAAAUCUUUCUCUACUAUUAUUCUAAAAUUUCACAAUUUUAAAAUAAUGUACUGAUCAUAACUGAAAUAAGACAGGGAAUGUUUACUAGGAUUAAAUGUCAGGAAUUGUGAGUUUAAUUGUAUUUGG